CUGACAGCUCCCAGGCAGGCCUUGGAGAGGCUCACUAGUUGAUUGGGUACCCUUAGCAGCCUACAGGGGCAAGACACCCUUACGUUCCUCACCCGGAUUGUCGAAAUAAUAUUCGAGUUAGACUUGACCAUCUACUUGGAAAAGUAGCAUUUUUAAAGGGGUGACUCCCUGGUUAGCGUGAAGGCUGCCAAAAUGUCGACGAGCGCGGAGCUCCUGACGUUGCAAAGCAACAUUAAGAAAGACCCAGACGGCUAUAAGGAUGAGUUCAUGUUACAGUAUCGCCACUACCAGGCGCUCAUGGACAUCUUCAAGCUGCGGCCCAGCAAGGAGAGCAAGGAGUUCGGGGACUUAGUCAUGUUCAUGGCGCAGGUGUCCCGCGCCUACCCCAAGACCAUGUCUGGCCUGCCCGCCGAGCUCACCUCGCUGCUGGACUCGCACGCGGCGGUGCUGGAGGGGUCGCUGCGGCGGCAGCUGGUGGGGGCGCUCAUCCUGCUGCGCAACCGGGGGCAGGUGGAGGCCAUGGGGGUGCUGCCGCUGUUCUUCAGGCUGUUCAGGUGCCAGGAUAAGGCCCUGCGCCAACAGCUGUUCCGCCACAUCGUGGCCGACCUCAAGGCAGCCAACCGCAAAACACGCAACGAACGACUCAACCGCUCCGUACAGAACUUCAUGUACAGUGUGGUGAGCGACGAGAACGAGGCGGCCGCCAAGCGGGGUCUGGCGGUGCUGACGGAGAUGUGGAGGCGUCACGUGUGGCGGGAUGCGAGGACGGUGAAUGUGAUUGCCUCCGCCGCCUUCCACAAGUCGCCCCGGGUGCUGCUGGCGGUGAUGAAGUUCUUCCUGGGUCAGGACCGGGGCGGCGGGGGGGAGGGCGAGGAGGACAACGAGGGCGGCAGCGACGAGGAGGGGGCGGGCGGGGAGGGAAAGAAGCCCAGCGGACCCAGCAAGGAGGACGUGUAUGCGGCGUACCACAAGGGCACCCGCAGCAGCAAGAAGAAGAAGCAGGCCAAGCUGAAGCGCGUGCUGCACACCGUCAAGAAGGCGGCGCGCAAGAGCAGCGGAGAGGGCAGCGGGGCCGAGUCGUUCGCGGCCAUUCACCUGCUGCACGACCCGCAGUCCUUUGCGGAGCGGCUGUUCAGCCGGCUGGCAGGCGGCGGGGAGCGGUUCGAGACGCGGCUGGCGGUGAUGGCGGUGCUGUCGCGGGUGAUUGGCAUGCACAAGCUGCUUGUCCUCAACUUCUACCCCUACCUCCAGAAGUACAUAGCGCCCCACCAGCGCGACGUGACGGCGGUGCUGGCGGCGCUGGUGCAGGGCUGCCACGAGCUGGUGCCGCCGGAGACGCUGGCGCCCGUGCUGCGGCAGCUGGUGGACCAGUUCGUGCAUGACAAGGCCCGGCCCGAGGUGAUGACUGUGGGUCUGAAGGCGGUUCGCGAGCUGGUGCUGCGCUGCCCGCUGGUGAUGUCGCCCGAGCUGCUGGGCGACCUGGCGCAGUACAAGAAGUGGCGGGAGAAGCAGGUGGCGGCGGCGGCACGGGCGCUGAUCGGCGCGUUCCGGGACAUCAACCCGGAGAUGCUGGCCAAGAAGGAUCGCGGCAAGGGGGCGGACCUGGCCCUCAAGCCCCGCGAGUACGGCGACCAGGGAGUGGCCACCCGUGUGGAUGGAGCGGAGCUGCUGGAGCGGGCCAUAGCGGAGGGGCGGGUGGGGGGCAGCGAGGAGGGGGACGAGGAGGACGACUACGCGGACCUGCUGGGCGGGAACAGCAGCGAGGAGGAGGAGGAGGGAGAGGACUCGGACCUGGAGUCGCUGUCAGGCGACGAGGGCGAGGAGGGCAGCGGCAGUGGCGAGUGGGAGGAGGUGUCGGAAGACGACGAGGAGGUGGCAGCGGCGCUAGCGCAGGCGGGGGAGAAGGCGGGCGGGGCAGGCAAGGGGAAAGGCAAGAAGGGCAAGGCGGGGAAGAAGGCUGCGGAGGAGGAGGAGGUGUCGGGAAGUGGGUCAGGCUCGGAGGGUGAGGAGGAGGAGGAGGAGGAGGAGGAGGGUGAAGGGGAGUCGGAUGACGGGUGGGAGUCGCUGGGCUCAUCUGACAUGGGCGAGGACGAUGAGGAUGAGGAGGAGGAGGAGGGCAGUGAAGACGAGGAGGACGAGGAGGAGGGCGGGAGCCAGAGCAGCAAGAAGCGGAAAGCGGCGCUGCAAAAGCAGAAGGCGGAGGAGCGACGUCAGCAGCAGCAGCAGCACAACCCGGACUCCCUGUCCUCGCUCAAACGGCGGCUAGCGGAGGCGCAGGAGGCACGCAAGCGGCGGCGGGCUAGCGACGGCUCGGCUGCUGCUGCUGGGGAGGAGGAGGGGGCGGAUGGCAAGGAGGAGGGCGAGGGCGAGGAGGCUUCAGCGCCCCCCGGGGUGCCUAUCGAGGCGGACCGCAUCCUGACGCAGGAGGACUUCAUGCGCAUCCGCAAGCUCAAGCAGCGGGCGCUGGUGGAGGCGGCGCUGGCCAAGCACGGCCUGGCCUCCUCCUCCGCCAAGCGCCCCUCCCAGGCCAAGCGCGCCCGGCUGCUGGAGGCUGCGGAGGAGGAGGCGGCGGAGGCGCUGGCGCUGCGGGAGCGGCUGGCGGCGAUUGGGGAGGCGAGGGUGGCGCCGGAGGACCUCGUGGGUCGGCACAAGGCGCGCAAGGACAAGGCGGCUCGUCUGGCCAGUGUGCUGGAGGGCCGCGAGGGGCGCGAGAAGUUCGGUGCGCGCAGCGGUCUCAAGAAGAAGAAGACGGCGGGUCUCAGCGAGCGGGAGAAGCAGCGCAAGAAGGUGAUGCCCAUGGCGGCGCGCGUGGCGCAGAUCCGGAGACGCAAUGCGGCGGCACGCGGGCGGGGCCGCGGCAAGAACUUCAAGGGGCAUGUGCGGAGUUAAGGAGGGGUGGCUGUGGAGACUGUGACACCUUGUUUUGUGACUGGAUGUUAACUAUCAUGAUGUCGAUGCUGUGCGGAUAUGUUUGGGGUAUAGAUAAACUGAGCCGCGGAAACACUGACCCUGACCGUAGUUUACCGGCGUUUUGGGGUAGCAGCGCGGUAUGUUGGUUGGGGGAUGCUGGGAACGUGUGCAACGGUGAUGGUGGGGUUUGCCGUUUAGAAAGGCUGGGGUUGGGGGCAGCCUGGGCAACCGGACUUGAGGUCAUACAGCUGGUAGCGCUUGAUGGACAAACUCUUGACAGAUAUCUUACCGCGAGGUAUAAACUAUUAGACUUGGAUUGGUUGCCAAGCCGGCAGGCGAGGACUUAAAACGGCAGACAUGCAUCUAUCCGAUAUGUCUAUUUCGUGAAUGUACGGUCAUGCACGGCAAAGUGGGCGCAACCUGUUAAGCGUUGUGGCAAUCCAUCUAUAACGCGUUUGUAAAUAACAUGUCCGUUCAAGAAUGCAUGCUUAUCGCGACGUGUGCGCUGUAGGCAAGAGACGCGCUAACAGUCGUAAUCGUUUGCGCCGUUGCCUCUGUGUGCAUAUGUCUCAUAGCUUGGUUGAUUAGCUUAGGUGACUACACCUAUACACAAAUAACUUAUUCAACGCAACAGAGCUUUGCUUCUUUGCUUUGCGCAACCUAUUUUGACGCAUUUAUUAGGAUUGCAAGCUAUCAACGCAGCGGUAUCUUGCAAUUAAAAUCCUUUUAGUCAUGACCGAUGAAGCGCACGCCCCCUGCAUGUUGCGUCUGGGCAACAUCAAUCUCACAGUUAUUGGAGUCCUUUGCGUAUUCGGCUUCCUAUACUACGUUUCCGUUUUCUGCGUGAUUGUGCCAUGGCUCAGCUACUCGGUUCCCGGCAUCACAAACAUGGGGGUACUAACUAUAACGGCUGGGCUGUCACUAUACUGUUACAUAUUUUGCGUGGUCCUCGACGCGGGAAGACCGCCACCAGACUAUCAACCCGACCAGGAGGCUUCCAGCAUACAGCAGGUUAAGCGCAAGGGCGGCGCACCUCGUUUCUGCCAGAAGUGUCAGCACUUCAAGCCGCCACGCAGCCACCACUGCCGCAAGUGCCAGCGAUGCGUGCUGCGAAUGGACCACCACUGCCCCUGGACCAACAACUGCAUCGGUCACGCCAACUACCGAGCCUUCUUCCUCUUCCUCAUAUACGUCAACGCCGCGCUGGUGCACGUGUGCGGGCUGCUGGGCUCCCACGCGCUGCACAUCCUGCACACCAG